AGCCGAUUGGCGAUUGUGUUGUGAACGAAUACGACGAUUACGACGAGAGCGACGAGUACAUACGAGUCGUCUAAAAAAGUUAUGGAUGGCAAUCAGUGGCAUUUGUGUUUAGUGUGUGAAUUGCCUACUAGCCGGGAAAUCAAUAAAUAAAUAAAAUUUCUGAGGCUGAUAGAUAGUACAAUUUUAAUAGAAGUGAUUUUAUUAUACAACACAUGUGAUAACAUCUAUCUUCCAUCAUUUCCAAGUGCAGUGUUGACGAAAAAUAAUUGAAGAACGUUGUGUACUACGAUCCUAAAAUUUUAGGAGCCAUUUACACAUGGCGAGAAGUCACGUAGACUUUUCUUUUGUUGAUAAAAUGUUCGUGGCUAUCUGAUUGUGGAAAUAAAGAUAAUUAUUUGUGGUGUGAGAAUAUCUGACUAACUACAGUGCUCAACAAUGGAUAGCAAGAAUAUCCAAAAAAAUGCUAUGCAGAAAAGCGCAGAAUUUACUUUUCGAAUACCACCGGAGGCACCCGUAUUCGAACCUACGCCUGAAGAAUUUUUGGACCCAUUGGGAUAUAUCGCCAAGAUUCGACCAGCUGCUGAAAAAACGGGAAUAUGCAAAAUAAAACCACCUGCGCGAUGGCAGCCCCCGUUUUCGUUAGAUGUCGAUAAAUUAAAGUUCGUCCCACGAAUACAGAAAGUAAACGAACUGGAAGCCAUAACGCGUUUGAAACUUUUGUUUCUUGAGAAGAUAUUAAAGUUUUGGGAUCUACAAGGCUCUUCUCUUAAAAUUCCUAUGAUAGAAAAUAAAACGUUAGAUCUUUAUUGCCUAAAGUUUUGGGUCGAUGAAGAAGGGGGAUUUGAAAAUUGUAACACACCUAAAAAAUGGCGUAAGAUCGCCAACGCUAUGGGAUACAGUCAGAAUGCCAAUACAAUGAAUUUUCUCAGAAGUAAUUAUGAGAAAAUAUUGCUUCCUUACGAAAUAUUCGAGAAAAGCAAAGCAGAUAUAUUGAAAACCGUAAAAAAGACUGAACCUAAAAACGAAAUCAAAGAUGAACAUGAUAAUAGUAAACCACUGUUUAGAGAAAUAUCAGUGGAAUCCAUCACUAAACAAAAACACGAAAAUGAUUUCAAAGAGGAAAAACCAAAUACAAGCUUUAUCAAAAAAACAAAAACAGGAUCUGAUAUUAAAAUUGACCCAGAUUUUAAUAACACUGAAGAAAUUAAACGUAAUAGAGAAUUAAGAAGACUAGCUUGCUAUGGACCGGGACCAAAAAUGCCAGGGCUAAAUGAUGAAGAGUUUGAUAUCACAAAAUGUAGAAAAAGACCCAGAUAUGAUUUAGACCCUUUGGCAAUUUACAUGUGUGCCAUUUGCCAAAAGGAUAAUAGAGAUGACCAACUCCUGAUAUGCAAUAGUUGUAAUGAAACCUACCACACUUUUUGUCUUAAGCCGCCACUAAAUAUGAUACCUGAUGGUGACUGGCGUUGUCCAUGUUGUAUUGCAGAGGAGGUUCAUAAGCCUGCAGAAGCAUUUGGAUUUGCUCAAGCUGAAAGAGAAUAUACUCUUCAACAAUUUGGAGAAAUGGCAGAUAAAUUUAAAUCAGAUUACUUUGGAAUGUCUGGUCAUUUAGUUCCAACAUCUGUUGCAGAAAAAGAAUUUUGGAGAAUUAUAUCAUCAGUAGAAGAGGAUGUUACAGUGGAGUAUGGUGCUGACCUGCAUUCAAUGGAUCAUGGUUCAGGCUUCCCUACAAAGUCCUCAUUAAAUCUAUAUCCAGGUGAUCAGGAGUAUGUAGAUUCUGGAUGGAAUUUGAACAAUCUUCCAGUCUUAGAUGGUUCAGUACUAAGAUUUAUAAAUGCCGACAUUUCUGGUAUGACUGUGCCAUGGAUGUAUGUUGGUAUGUGUUUUUCUGCAUUUUGUUGGCACAAUGAGGAUCAUUGGAGUUAUUCUAUCAAUUAUUUACAUUGGGGUGAAGCAAAAACUUGGUAUGGAGUUCCAGGAACUGGAGCUGAAUUAUUAGAAACUGCCAUGAAGGCUGCUGCCCCUGACCUAUUUAAAUCUCAGCCAGAUUUGCUGCACCAGUUAGUUACUAUAAUGAAUCCUAAUAUACUCAUGGAUGCAGGUGUUCCCCUGUACAGGACUGAUCAAAAUGCUGGAGAAUUUGUUGUUACUUUUCCUAGAGCAUAUCAUGCAGGCUUCAAUCAGGGUUAUAACUUUGCUGAAGCAGUAAAUUUUGCACCUCCUGAUUGGCUUAGAAUUGGUCGUGAGUGUAUUAUCCACUAUAAAAAUUUAAAAAGAUUUUGUGUAUUUUCUCAUGAUGAACUUAUUUGUAAGAUGGCACUUGAAGGUGACCGGUUAGAUUUGGAAACUGCUUUGGAAACUCAAAAAGAAUUGGCUCGAGCAACUGAUGAAGAGAGUGCACUGAGGCAAAAGAUAUGGAACAAAGGUUUGGUGACCAAAAAGAGAACUGCUUUUGAGUUACUUGGUGAUGAUGAACGGUUGUGUGAAGUAUGCAAAACCACUUGCUUUUUGUCUUCUGUUUCAUGUCCUGAUUGCAAACAUAUGUCAUGUUUACAACAUGCAGAAGAGUUUUGUCAGUGUCCAAUGCAACAGAAAGUUUUGAAUUAUCGAUAUGAUAUGGAAGAGUUGUUUAUUAUGUUGCAAACUAUUGAUUUUAGAGUCAACAGUUUUCAUAAGUGGAUGGCUGAUGCAAAAAAUAUACUACUGCCAACUGCUCCAGAUAUUGGUCGACUCCAGAAACUGAAAGUAUUAAUAGAUGAAGCAGAUGAACUCAAAAUUCCAAAAUCCACAAUACUAGACCAGUUGAAAGAAGAGUAUACAAAAGCUACAGAAAAUGUGGAACCUAUUGUAAUUGAGUUAGAUGAUGAUUGAAAUCAUUCAGAAGGAAUUUGGUGUAGUACAAACUAAUUUGGCUAAUAGAUACUAAAAUUUCACAUUUAGAUAAUCUAAAUUUAAUGUAGAAUAUAAACAAAACCAGGCUUCCUUCAUUUAUUUAUAGUUUUUUUUAAUUUUAUUGGUAAAUAAAAUAUCAAUCAAAUUAAAAUUCUGUUAAUAUCUUGUCAGUUAUUAAUGAUUGUAAUAAAUUUCUUCCUUUAUGUUUAAUAAAUUUUAAUUUCAGAAAAUUAAAAGGGUGUCAAUUGCAAUUCAACAUUAAAAAACUAAAAGAUUUAUAUGCCAAUAAUUUUAAUAUUAAAUCCAAAUUUAAAUUAAGAAACCCUGGUCUAACCCUGUUUCUACAACUAAUUGAAAUUGAAAAUUAAAAUCCCAAAGUAGCAGAUUUAAAAAAAAAAACACAUUUUCGAUGAAAUAAAUUAUACUUGCAUAAUUUUAUAAGACGGUACUAAACACAAAAAAUAAAUAAAUAAUUAUACACUGGGGUUUUAUGUGGUUCAAAUUUUAUUAUCUGACACUCCACUGUACAUACCUAUUUUUCCGUAGUUCCAGGUGUCCUAUGUUUGACACUAAUUUUGUCAUACCAAAUUAGUACCUACUUCUUAGGAUAUUAUUAUUAAUAAGCUUUAAAGAUAUAUUGUGUUAUUAUUAGUGCCCCCACUUCUAUUGUAAGUUAUUGUCUGUAUGAUUGAUAAAUCUAUUGGGUACUGUAAAUAUUUUUUCAUGAUAAAAUAUUGUGGUAUUAAUAGUAAAAUUUAAUAAUGUUUUAAUAUUUUUUCUUUCAAAUAUUGCAAGUGUUCCCACCGUACCACAAUAUUGUAAUAUUAUUUAUGUGAUAUGAUUGAGUUAUUAUAAAGUUUACAAUAGUCAUCUGGCUGGAGGCAUGGUCAUGUCUAGAGUUAUUAUGUUUAUUUUAAGUUAUACAUAUUUUCAACUAAUUGUUAUAAAGAGAUCAUUUAGAGUGAUGAUAAAGGAAGUAAUAUUUAUUUGGCCAACGAUCAUAAACAUCCUAUACAGGGUGUUAGGUAAAUGGGUAUAUGAGCCGACACUAGCCCAUGUUAACAUGGUCAUAUAAAUGGUAUGGUGAAGUCAGAAAAUUGAUAUCUUCAUUUUAAUUUUCAUACAAAUCCGAUUUUAUAAAAUUUAUUUUGUAUGAAAAUUAAAAAAAAAAUGAUGGUAUCAAAUUUAUAUACCAUACCAUUUAUAUGACCAUGUUAACAUGGGCUAGUGUCGGCUCAUAUACCCAUUUACCUAUCACCCUGUAUAAAAGAUAGUCUUUGCAGAUGGUGAGAUAGCACAUCUUGCACUCGUAUAACAUUCAAAACGAGUGUGAAUAUUAUUAGGUAUUAUUAAUUACGUAUUUCGUUUUCUUCUGAAUUUCUGAUCUCAGUAUAAAAUCUUUCAUAAUAUUUAGUCUUAAUAUUUCGUAGUAAAGCGAUUAUUACUUAAAUGUACCUAUGUAAGUUUAAUCAUUUUCGUUAUGAAUAAAUGUGAACAUGAAAAAAUUCAAAUCAUAACUGAAAUGUAAUCAUAGCUUCAUUGCAUACUAUUUAAACUAGGUAUUUUUAUUUAUCUGACAAAUAAUCGACGAAGCGAUAAAGAGUAAUUUUGUAAAAGAGGGUUUCUACGGAAUCUUUUAAAGGCUAUGAAAUGUAUGUAAAUGUUGAGUGUUCAAGUACUUUUUCGAGGGGUAUCUGUGUUAGUUCACAAUUACAAUUAAUUUAGCCAUUAGGUAGCUAAUAGAUAUUGCUUUUAAGUAUUACAUAAGUGUAAACAAUUAUCUUACUUUCCUUAGCAUUAUUUUGUAUUACAAUUAAUUUGAAUUAUGCCAUUGUUUGACUGAUUGCUUGUAUAUUUAUAUUUUUGUAUGGCAAAUAUCACAACUAUUUAGCUUGAGCGUAGCUAUAAUAUUAUGUUCAAAUUUAAUUUUUCAUAAGUUUUUAUUUGCACUGUGAUUGAAACUAUUUUGUAAUUUGCAGAAUAUUAAGACAAAUAAGCAUGUAUAAUUAAUGAAAUAUUUGGAGUGAUUAUAAUUAAUAGUAAGUAAUGAAACUUUAAGUGUUAAUAAAUUAAAUUCUCAUACUUA